AUGCUCACAGCCGUCUGUGGUUCUCUUGGCAACCAGUGCUCAGAAACGCCCUGUUCCUCUCCAACCCAUUUGGAACUGCAGCCUCUACAGAACUACCAGCCCCACACCAGCCCAGAGAGCGGGGGAGAUUUCCCAUCCCCUCUGCAGCCCACAGAACUCCAGCAUCUGCCUUUGGCAGGGCCGGACUCAGAGUAUACCUCCAACACUGGUUACGAGCUGCAUGGGUCUUCGAGGUUAGACCUGGACAGCGAAAGCCAGCUGCCUCCUGGCUCCUACUCUAAGCUCCUGCAGGCAGCACCAGAUAUGGCUCACCAUUAUGAGCCUUGGUUCAGGCCUACACCUCCAAACAAUGCUACAGAUGAUGGUAGUGUCAAUCCAUGGUGGGAUCUCCAUGCUGGUUCCAGCUGGAUGGAUCUUCAGAGUGGUCUCCAACCUGCAGGCCACACAAGUGGACUUCAGCCAGCACUGGGUGGCUAUGGCGCUGCAGAACAUCAACUCUGUGGACCUCCUCAUCACUUGUUGUCUUCGGCACCCCAUCUUAUGGGCCAAGAAGUGAUUAAAUCUCUGGAUUCUACUCAGGAGUCACACCCAAUGGAGCAGGCUGGAGAUGGUAACGGUAGGCCAAAAAGCUCAAGGCGCUCAGUUACCCGGAGCUCUGGCCAGGCUGCCUGCCGGUGCCCCAACUGCCAAGAAGCUGAAAGGAUAGGCCAGUGCCCUGACAACUCAAAGAAGAAGCAUCUUCACAACUGCCACAUCCCUGGUUGUGGAAAAGCCUAUGCCAAGACAUCCCACCUGAAAGCCCACCUGCGGUGGCACAGUGGCGACCGCCCCUUCGUCUGUAAUUGGCUGUUCUGCGGGAAGCGCUUCACUCGCUCUGAUGAAUUGCAGAGGCACCUUCAAACCCACACAGGAACCAAGAAAUUCACCUGCCCUGUUUGCAACCGGGUUUUCAUGAGAAGUGACCACCUAAGCAAGCACAUGAAGACACAUGAAGGUGCUAAGGAGGAAGCAGAGGGAGAAGCUAAAGCUGGGACGGAACCUCCUGCCAAGGUCAAACGAGAACCUGAUGGAAGCUCUUCAAGCACUGCUUCACAACCCAACUGAGCCUUUCUUUCUCAUCAAGGAUGUCCCCUUCCCCAUCUCUCCAUAAUUCCUGCUCCUGGACCACUGACUUGUCUUCUUUGUUCAAGGCUCUGGGAUUGCACCUGCUGAGCCAGAACAUUAUUCUGUCUUCGGAGUGAGAGGUUAUUUAUUCUGUAGGAGGAAAAGGACAAUAUUGUUGGGACAUGUUGGGGAAGGGCC